UCUUGUGCCCUUUAUUAAUGUCAGCACUUAUUUGAUUAGUGAUGCGUGUGUGCUUUUGGCUGUAGAGAGAGAGAGCGAGCAGAGAGACAAGGGAGCGAGGAGAGGAAGUGAAUAUCCAAAACCACAGUCAUGAGGUUGUCAGUGUGUGCAGCGGUGUUGGAGCACUGAUUUGUCCAUCAGCGUACACUUGGGGUGUAAGGGUUUCUUUGUGUUCUGGCGAGUUUUCUUCGUGCAGCAUGUCAGAAGCUGCACGAGUGUCUUUCUGUAUUUCUUCUGGAUCUCUGCUGAUGUUCAGAAAGCUUCCUCAUCAGCUCGGUGAAAGUUACUGCUGUCACGCAUCGUUUUGAAGCGUUUUUGUUUUAGUUUAAUUGUGUUAUUUUUGCUCGAACAUCCUGGUCUGGAUGCGCAGCAGAGCGGAUACGAGAAGCCCGAGAAGCGCUGAAAUGAUGCGCAUCCGUGGCCGAAGCGUUUCGCUCUGUGAGCUCGGCCGUCCGCUCUCUACACACUGAGAAAAGCGGAGAAGAGGGGAGCCUUUUCCCGUUAGCCGAAUCACGUUUCACCGCUGACUGAGUGACUGAUCAGAGCUAAGGAAAACGGAAGGAGGAGUGGGGCGUGUGGAUGUGAGACUAAAACAAAAAAGAAAGGAAAAAAGCAGGAUCUGGAUGCAGAAGGGAACAGCCACUGUAUGCGGGCACAAUUGUUCCCGAGAUUUUCAAUAGAAUAGACAUUUAUUUUCAUCCUUUGUACUUGCGGAUUAAGAAGUUAGUUCGAGAAAAGAAGAAAUAGCAGGUUGGCGCGCUGUUGUGUACGGUGGGUGAGGAGGGUUUGGGGGGUGGGAAAGAAAAAUGCUGCCUUCGCAAGAAGCCUCCAAAAUCUACCAUGACAACUAUAUGCGCAACUCCAGGGCCAUCGGGAUCCUGUGGGCCAUAUUCACCAUCUGCUUGGCCAUCAUUAACGUGGUGGUGUUCUUCCAGCCUUAUUGGAUUGGCGACAGCGUCAACACACCUCAAGCCGGCUACUUCGGUUUGUUCCACUACUGCGUGGGUAACGGGAACUCCAACCGGGAAUUCUCGUGCCAGGGCAGCUUCUACGAAUUCGGCUCCAUCCCGUCAGGAGCCUUUAAGGCGGCCUCAUUCUUCGUGCUGAUGUCCAUGGUGCUCAUCAUCACCUGCAUCGGCUGCUUCGCCCUCUUCUUCUUCUGCAACACUGCCACGGUCUACAAGAUCUGCGCCUGGAUGCAGCUGCUAUGCGCCAUCUGUCUCGUGCUUGGCUGUAUGAUCUUCCCGGAUGGCUGGGACGCAGAGGUGAUCCAGGACAUGUGUGGUGAGGACACUGGAAAGUAUACCUUGGGCAACUGCUCUGUUCGUUGGGCCUACAUUCUGGCUAUCAUCGGCGUGCUGGAUGCCCUCAUCCUCUCCUUUCUGGCCUUCGUGCUGGGCAAUCGGCAGAGGGACUUCCUGCAGGAGGAGCUGAAGGCUGAAAACAAAGACUUCAUUGUGUCAAGGCUCCAUCUUGGUCCACCUCUGCGAAUGGAUGGUAUUGAAAUACAAGAAACUAAGGAUCCAAGAUUUUGUGUUCAGCGGUUCCAUUGAGAACCAAAGAUCUCUUCCUCCUCUUCCAGCUUUGUGCCUCGUUCCCCGAUACUUCACCUCCUCCAUCCAUCUCCUGUCCUAAGCUCUGCAGGUGAAACCCUUUUGGUUUGGGUUUUGGAGGUCAAAGUUUGUUAAGCAGGACUGACACGAACUAAUCUAACAAAGUCAAACUGUUUGAGAAGAAACAAAACCUGAGAGAAAAUGGGAUGAUCAGCUUUACCAAACUCUGGGAUAAAAUCAUUCGCAAACACACACUCGUAUUGUUCCAAGGAGUUAUUACAUCAAAGCUCACAGAGUUAACGAAAUGUGAUUAUUGAAUGAAGAAAAAAACCACUUUACAGCUUUAAAAGUCAAAAGAAGAAGUGCGCAUGUAAAAGCACACAGGUGCUACUUAUGACAUAACAAAAAAGAAAUGAAACAACUUUUGUACAAUUUAGACGAGGUGUCAUUUUGAAGUCUUUUUUAGGUUCAUUUUCAACUUCUCUUUGUACACGACACUGUCUGAGCCCGGGAACGUCAAAAUAAACAUGUUUCUAUGGAAAUAGGUAAAUACAUACUUUUAAGCAUUUUGUUGCCCAUACGUGAAACAACAUAUUCAUCAGCUGUUAGCAGUAUAAUGUGUUUGUCCUUUACUCUGUGUGUAAUAAUACCAACAGGUGGCCAAAACCAGCUGUUUCAUUCGUUCGUAUUUCACAACAUUACAGUUUUUGGUUUGUUCAUCAAAGGGGCGAUAUCUGUUCUGCUUCCUCAGCUGGGUUCUGUUUGUAUGUCCAAAAACAGCCCUGCAUGCUGCAUCUAUCUCAGGCCUGAAAGACGAUGCUGGGGCUCAGACUCCUCAGUCUGCUGCACUGUCCAGCAGUUGAAGAGUAUUGAGAGGACAAGAAAAAGAAUUGCAUACUAUGUAGCUAAUCUUAUAUGGACACAGACAAUUGGCUGACAUGAUGAUUAUACAAGGCAUUUUCAUUUUGGAAGGCACAACUGAAUGAGAAGGUGGAAAGAAAGACUAUCGUGAUCAUUAUUUACUUAGAUGUUUUUAAAGUUUUAAACUUGCUUUUUCCAAGUUGCUGCCUGAAAAGCUGACAGAUUUAAUCCAACAGCUCUGUAAAGUCAGUGAAUAAUAAAAUAGAAUCUAGAUUCUGAUGGACACACUAAUACCCUAGUGCUGAUGUUGCAUGAAUACAGAGAAAGUCAACACAGGUUCAGAUCAGGACGAUCUAAUAAAAACCACAAAAAAACCUCAUGGAUAAUUUUCUGAAAGAAAACAACUUUGGAACAUUUAGCAUUCUGUUGGGGUUUAAAGUGGCCUAAAAACCCUUGUGGAAAAUCUCUUUUGGUGAUUACCAAUAAUGCAAAAGUCUGUAAGAUGCUUUAGUUAGCGCGCCCAUUUAUAGUCAGGGGCUAGUUUGAUCAUUUAUCAUGAAUUAAAUGCUGUAAAAGGCAUUUAAACUAAUUACUCAGCCUAUCCGGGAAAGUUUCUUUGUUUGUUUUUAAUAUUUUGACGUAAAUUUCAGUUGUAAAGUUGAUGUUCAACAAAGUCAGUUUAAGAAGCUAGAGCAUCUCUUUUAUUCAGUGGGAAAAGGGUUGUGGGCUAGCCAUAGCUAACCAGCUAAAGUCACUGAAGUCUGUUUAUCUGUUUUCCUCAUGAAUUUUACAUUUUACAGUAUAUUUUCUUUAAACUUUAAAAUGGGAUGUCAGAAGACAGGCUUUGAUCUUACCUCAAUUUUGACCACAUAUCAAAGCUAUUUAGUAACCAUGUUUUGGAUUUGUAUAUCAGUGUAGCUUGUAGGAGGCAAAUGAUGCUAGUGCUGUCAGUUUGGGCAUCUUUAAAAAAUACUAGGACAUCAUCAAGAGCAUUAAAUUUAUAAUCUAUAUUCAAAACGCUGGUAUAGUGGCAGACACACAGAGGUAGGGAUGUGUAUCGUUUAGGUUUUAUCCGAUACCGGUGCCGGUGCUCAAACGGUGCUCAAACCGGUGC